GAAGAACUAAUAACAACCUUUUUGGAAGACCAGGAUCCAGAGAGUAGAUUAGAGGUUGGAGCUGAUAUGCGAAAAAUUCAUCACUGUUUCCAUUAUUUAAAGAAGCUACUGAAUGACAAGAAGAUCCACGUAAAGAGCCCAGUCUGCUCUGAAAUCAAAACUCAAAACUGCCAAGAACCAUUAAAAGAGGAAGAAUAUAAAAAGCUACGAGAUAUUCUACAGCAGAGAGAUAACGAAAUCAAUAUUCUGGUCAAUAUGUUAAAGAAGGAAAAGAAGAAAACUCAGGAUGCACUCCACUUAUCUAGUAUGGACAGAAGUGAAUGUAGACAUUCACAGAGCUCACCUUUCCCACCUGGGAACCCAGAAGGUCCGAGAAUUUUGCUUCCAUCACCUCCCACACAAUCCCAGGAUGGCCCCUUCGCAUACAGAUCCAGUCUACUCAACAGAAAAACAGGUCAGUUGACUAAGUUUCUAGUAUUUCUCAUAAUGAAUUUCAACAUAGCAUCCUUUAGUUUUAAAUAUGCACAUAUGAAGGCUCCAACAAUUUAUUUGGUAGAAUUAUCUCUUAUACAUUAUCAAAUCUUUCAGUGAAAUAAUCAUUUCCAGAAUUGAUGACUGAACUGAAAAUAGAAAGUAUGAAUUGUCAGUAUUCAUAGAAUACUGACAGAAUGAGAUGGGCAGAAUGAGAUGGGUCUAGAGCAAUGGCUGAAAAGUUGACUUUGGAGUAAAAGAAUAAGAACCUCCCUCUUGUUACAGGAAGGGAAGAAUAAAGACAG